AUCUUGCAGCAGCAGCAAGCUUAUCCAAACUAACACGGCUUUCACAAUGAUGGCUACAGUGCUAUUAGAGACUACUCCGGAAAACCCCGCCGUCGAGGCGUGCGUAGAGGAGAUGAAAACACAUAACUCGCCGCGUCGACGAACUGUUGGUGGGCAAGCCAAGGAGGAGAAGAGGGAAGCUUCCCCACACGGUCAAGGCUCUCCAAAGAGACAGGCAAAGCUGUCAACAUAUUCCCAUACAUAUGUUGUCCAUACAGCGAUUCGGGCGUCUCCUCUUUCCAAGGAGAGUCCUGAACAAGACUAUAGAGGAUUCCUCAACUUAGCACUCCUUCUUCUUGCCGUCUCCAACAUCCGUCUCAUUAUUGAAAAUUACAUGAAAUACGGGUUCCUCCUCUCGCAUCCAUUCUCCAACCUCCGACUCUCGGACGUCCAAUGGGCUUGCGUUAGCUGGGCUUUUCAGGGGAUGAACGUUUUGGCCGCAUAUGCGACGGAGAAAUGGGCGACGAGGGAUAUCCGGACGGACCGCCCUACACGCAAAAUGGUCCGGUUGAUUUAUUUUAUCAAUAUUGGACUCACCAUUACGAUUCCUACGUUGAUCGCGUAUACAAUAUGGAAUCCGGCAAUAUCAGCUCUCAGUCUCUUCUCCGCGGCCAUUCUUAUGCUAAAACUCAUAUCUUAUGGCCUUGUUUGUGGCGAUAUGCGCCGUGAAGCAGCCUGGAAAAUUGUACCACAUCGAUGCGAGGAUCUCACAUCCAAGGAUGCCAGGCUCAACACGGCGGAAUUCGACAUCAAUAUGACCUAUCCGUUGAACAUUACGCUAGGAAAUUUGCUGUACUUUGUGUUUUGUCCAACUUUGUGCUAUCAACCCGUAUACCCGCGCACACCUCGGUUCCGCAGUAUUUUCUUUUUUAAACGCUUGAUGGAGUUCUCAAUCGGGAUGGCCGCAAUAUAUCUGCUUGGAGUUCAAUAUGCAGCUCCCACACUUCGCAACUCCCUACAAGCCCUUGACAAACUAGAUUUCGUUCAUCUCGUCGAGCGCGUUCUCAAACUGUCAGUCAUCAGCGUCGUAAUCUGGUUAUUGAUGUUUUAUUGCUUUUUCCACUGUGCUUUGAAUAUGCUUGCGGAAGUUAUGCGGUUUGGUGAUCGACGAUUCUACCUUACGUGGUGGAACGCACGAGACAUUGCCGAAUACUGGCGACUCUGGAACACCCCAGUCCACAACUGGGGUAAACGGCAUAUAUACAUGCCUCUCAUUAUCAAACACAAGGUUCCCCCCAUGGUGGCCAGUAUCGCCGUUUUUACCUUUUCCGCUAUUUUGCAUGAGUUGUUGAUUGGUGUUCCAACGCGUUGUGUGAAUGGAUGGGCGUUUUGGGGGAUGAUGAUUCAGCUGCCUUUGAUACUCCAAACGAGGGCGUUUGAACCCCUACGUAGGCGGAACGAAAAGCUGUUUGAUACCAUCGGGAAUUAUAUGUUUUGGAUAUCUUUUACCAUAGUGGGACAACCGACAUGUGUUCUGGUUUACUACAGUCAUUGGUAUAAGCGAACGUAUCUCUCGUGAUGUCACAGAAUAGAGGGCUUUAUGCGGAGUUUGUAAGAGUAUAGUUUGACUGUCAAGUAUAUCGUAUCAAGGCAUCGGAAAACAGUAAUAUAGUUCUUUUCACAUGGCCA